CAAAAAUGGAAGAUGAACAAGAGCCGUGGGAGGUACUAGACGUUGACGAUUCAGACCUCCGCUCUCUCCUCCGCCCCUGCAACACCAGCCUCCACCGCCAAACCUCUUCCCCGAAAUCCCCCAAUCCCGCCUCUACUUCCUCCAAACAACAACAACCGUUCAUCCACCGCUGCUCUCAAACCCUAACUUCCCAAUCCCACCACUCCAAGUCCCCGUCCCCGCUACCCGCUUCUCCUAGACUCAUUCCGGGCCCUGCUGGAACUGUCCAGGCCGCAAUGCACCGAAGAACCCACCACAAUCAGGCCCUUUUGCACCCGGAAGAGGAACCGGUACCUACUCAGGAGUAUAUAAGGAGGGUUGUCGAAAACGGUGAUCAUGCCGAUGCCGACGAUGACUUCGCGAGCGAUCCGUGGCUUUGCGCUCUGGAAUUUCUCCGCCGUGAAGGUACGGUGGGGACGCCUUUGGACUCGAUCAAAAAUGGGCCAAAAAAUGCUGGGAGAGUGGCUCAGGUUGUUGCCAUAAUCAAAUCGUGCUCCCCCAAUGGUCAUGGUGAUAUGAUGGUGACUCUGAAGGAUCCUACAGGUACAAUCGGUGCUAGCAUCCACCGCAAAGUUCUUACAGAGGGAGAGUUUGGGAAGGAUGUAUCUGUUGGCGCGGCUUUAGUAUUCCUGAAGGUUGCCAUGUUCUCCCCUUCACGCUCUUCUCAUUACCUGAAUGUAACACUAAGCAACUUGGUCAAGGUUAUCCCAAAGGAUAGUGUACCUCCAUUAAAACAAAAAUAUCCUGCAUCGUCAACCAAACAUGGAGCUCCUGUUUCUGAAAGCAGUGAAAAGUCCUGGAUGCCACAGGGGACGUCUUCUCUAUUGCAGGAAAGAACUGAAGGAAUCAUGAAUUGCCUUAGACAGACUUCUAAGUUGGGAGAAAGUGCUCCUAAUGAUAUUGUAGAGAAAGAAUCCUUGUUAAUGAGAUUGGGUAUGGCCAAUAGAAUCACUAAAGUAGCUUCUAGAGAGGACACCAUUUGUAUUGACCAAGAAAUUGUGAUGAGUGAGGAGCCCAACCCUUAUAAACAGAGUAAAGGAGGCAAUCCAUCCUGCAACAUCCAAGGCCGCAGUGACACAGCAAACUUGGUUGAUGUUCCUGAUGAUGAUGAAGAAAGUGGAAGGGCAAAUGAAGUGAACAAGAAGAGGCACCCACUAAUUUCGAGAACUUCACUCCCACAGUGGACGGAUGAACAGCUGGAUGUGCUUAUGGAAUUUGACUGAGGAAUGAUGGGC